CUUUCCUCCGGAUCAAAAGGACCGUGCAGCCGGACUGAGGCAGAGGGCAGCGCAUUUGCCAAGAGGCAACAGGUGGAAAGAUAACUCGACGGGAUUCAGCGUUGGUUCGGCAGUAGCGACAUUAAAGGUUGCUGGGAUCUUGCCUGAAAUGGAGUUUUUUAAUCUUAAGACCUCUGUUGCACGCAUUUAUGAUGAGUUCAUCCAAAAUGCGGAUACACGGACAGAACAAUGGCUCCUCAUGUCGUCUCCUCUUCCCCAAACCAUCAUCAUCGCAGCUUACAUCUACUUCGUCACGUCAGUGGGCCCUCGACUGAUGGAGAACCGGAAAGGCUUUGACCUGAAAGGAGUCCUUAUUGUCUACAACUUCAGUGUGGUGGCUUUGUCACUCUACAUGUGCUAUGAGUUUGUGAUGUCAGGAUGGGGAACUGGAUAUUCAUUUCACUGCGACCUUGUUGACUACUCCGAAUCACCCCAGGCUAUCAGGAUGGCAGCAACGUGCUGGCUUUACUAUUUCUCAAAGUUCAUCGAGAUGCUUGACACGAUCUUCUUUGUGCUGAGGAAAAAGAACAGUCAGGUGACAUUUCUUCAUGUCUAUCAUCAUUCUAUCAUGCCCUUCACCUGGUGGUUUGGUGUUCGUUUUGCUGCAGGUGGACUGGGAACUUUCCACGCCUUUCUGAACUGUGUUGUCCAUGUUAUCAUGUAUACAUACUACGGGCUGACUGCCUUGGGCCCCAACUACCAGAAGUACCUCUGGUGGAAGAAGUACCUCACUACUAUUCAGCUGAUCCAGUUUGUCAUGGUUACCACCCACAUCUCUCAGUACUUCUUCAUGAGAGACUGCCCAUACCAGUUCCCCAUCUUCAUCUACAUCAUUGGUUCGUACGGCCUGAUUUUCCUGUUCCUUUUCCUCAACUUCUGGUACCACGCCUACACCAAGGGCAAGAGGUUGCCUAAAGUGCUGCAGGCUCAGACAUGGGGGCACCACACCAACGGAGUCAUGAAUGGAAAUGUAGAUCAUGACAAAUACCAGUGAUGCAUUCUUAUGGUGAUUUUUGGAGUUGACUUCCUUCACACAAGCAAAUCACUGUGGUGAAGUGAGAUGCCUCCCAAAUUAUUAUUGUUGUUGUUGUUUUUGGACUAUUUAUGUUGGCUGUUUUCUAUAUCUGUUGUUAAAGACAAUCUUUCAAUUAUAGCCAAACCUGACCUUUACCUACAAUAUUGAAAGGCUAAAAGCUUUUACUUGACCUCUGUUUAUAUUGAAGGUGAUAUUUUGCUACAGAGACUUUAAAUACAUGUUUGUUUUUUAUUAUGCAAGUCUCAAACUGACCAUAAAGCUGCUGAAGGUGAAAUUGGAUGACCCUCAGUUGUACAUAUCACCUGGAGUUUGUUAAAAUUUUACUCCUAUUUUUUUUUUUGUUUUGUUCAUCUCCAUUUCUUCCCAGACUUCAAUUAUCUUUGUUCUUAAGUGGUUCGCUGAGAUGUUAAAGUUUGUUUAGUUUACUUGCUCUGACAACAAUGUCAGCAUGCUACACACUGUUUACUUUUGGUGAUGCACGUAUGGUCACUUCUCCACAGCAGCUGCCGAUGGUACAGACAUGCAGUGAAAAGCCAAGUCUGAUUGCAGUGGCAUCAGUUUUCAUUCCUGCCUCCAUUGUCCUAUGAAGCAAUGUUGUGAAUCCCCAGUGUAAACCUAAUGGACUGCCGUGGUUCUUAUAGAAUCCAGAACAGACCCAUCAAACCACAGUUGCAGUCUUUACCGAGGCAUAUUGCACAAUAACGGUUCAUUUUUAGGCCGAGCACUCUUACUUUUGAGAGGUGUGCUAAUGAGGUUUUCCAUAGUUGGUGCCUUUGACUGUCAGUUUUAUAUCUACUGAUUUUAACUGCGACCAUGAAUAUAACACUAUGGUGACUGAGGACACAGGAUUGAGUUUUGUGUGGAAGGGGUUCCACCUUUUAAUGAAGCACAAACCAUCCCAAAAGGUUUACAGAUGAGUAAUUUUUUGUUGUUGUUGUUUUUCAGAUCCAUUUAUACCAA